AAAAGGCCAUAGUAAUGAUACGCGGCCGGUAUGCGGGAUUGCUCUUACUAGUCUUACGUAUUUCUGUCAUGUACUAGUAGUAGUACUUAGCCAGUCAGAGGUCUAGAGAAUGGAUAGUGCACCAGACUUGGUCUUCGCCGAAAGCGUCAGUCUUCUUUCCCGGCUGGGUUACGUAAAAACAAGUCGUUGGAAGCUGGAGCGCCGGAGAAAAGCAGCAGGGGAAUGCUGAGGCUGCAGCUACCCAAAACUUACUUGCCUUCCCUAAUGACCAUGCAAUGUCCGAGAGUAAGACAAUCAAGACAUAAUUAUAACCAAACUAGGACUACGGCACAGCCGUUGUCUCCCUGUAGAAACUCGAACAUUGCACCGGUGAGAAGAUGGAGGAGAGGUAUUUUUGUUGCAGUAGGUAGUUGCGCUGCUUCGGACAUGAUUUCGUGUAGCCGUGCCCCAUCCUCAGAGGAGUAUAAGAAGGACUUGUUGACAAGAGAACUUCAUCGAGCUGUUUACAAGCACUUCUUCCUGUAAACAUCAGCUGUUGAAGAUCAUCAACACCAACCAUUUCGGUAACGAUGCGUGUUCUAGCAUUGGCUGCAGCUUUGCUGCUGGUCGCUCUUAUCGGCCAUGUUGCCUCUGAGUCAGUGCAGUAUGCUGAGAUGGAGGCCAAAGAGCUCGCUCUGAACGAGGAAAUCGAAAAGAGCGAGUUGGCUGACUCCAUUUUGGAAGAUGAGGAGGACGUGGAUGAGGAUGAGGAUGAGGAAGCUCAUGAUAUCUCAAAACGUGCGGCUGCCGGUACAUACAAGAAGCGCUCGUCUAAGAGGUCAGGCAGCAAGCGCAGCUCCACCAGAAGACGCAGAUCAUCGUCUUCUCGCCGCCGUAGCAGCAGAAGCAGCCGUCGUGUGACACGCAAGCCUGUUCGCAAGCCAGUCCGCAAGCCAGUUCGCAAGCCAGUGCGCCCGCCCGUCCGCAAGCCAGUGCGCCCGCCAGUCCGCAAGCCAGUGCGCCCGCCAGUCCGCAAGCCAGUUCGCAAGCCUGUUCGCAAGCCCAUCCGCACCAGGCGCAGAAGGUCUCGCAAGCCAACUAGCCGCCGCAGGUCACGUGUCCGUGUCCGUGUCCCCAAAAAAGUCAAUGGCGGAUGGUCGUCCUGGUCAGCCUACUCACAGUGCUCAGCAUCAUGCGGCGGUGGCUCACAGAAGCGCAGCCGUACCUGCACCAGCCCAGCACCCAAGUUUGGCGGCGCAAAGUGCAAGGGAGCGGCAGUGCAGACACAGGGUUGCAACAAGCAGUCUUGCCUAAACCCAGUCGAUGGCCAGUGGUCGGAGUGGUCACCAUUCGGUGCAUGCAGUGCCACUUGUGAUGGAGGUGAGCAAACACGUACUCGUACAUGCACCAACCCAGCACCUGCCGAUGGUGGAGCUGACUGCCAAGGAGACGAUGAAGAUUUCCAGGAGUGUGGAACUCAGGGAUGCUUGAACCCAGUCGAUGGUCAGUGGUCGGAGUGGUCACCAUUCGGUGCAUGCAGUGCCACUUGUGAUGGAGGUGAGCAAGUACGUACCCGUACCUGCACCAACCCAGCACCUGUCGACGGAGGAGAGGACUGCCAAGGAGAUGAUGAGGACUUCCAGGAGUGUGGAACGGACCGUUGCCUGAACCCAGUCGAUGGUCAAUGGUCGGAGUGGUCACCGUUCGGAGCAUGCAGUGCUACUUGUGAUGGAGGUGAACAAGUGCGCACUCGUACCUGCACCAACCCAGCACCUGUCGAUGGUGGAGCGGACUGCCAAGGAGACGAUGAAGACUAUCAGGAAUGCGGAACCGACCGUUGCUUGAAUCCAGUCGAUGGUCAAUGGUCGGAGUGGUCACCAUUCGGUGCAUGCAGUGCCACUUGUGAUGGAGGUGAGCAAACACGUACUCGUACCUGCACUAACCCAGCACCUGUCGACGGUGGAGAGGACUGCCAAGGAGACGAUGAAGAUUUCCAGGAGUGUGGAACGGAGCGUUGUCUGUUUCCAGUCGAUGGUGAAUGGUCGGAGUGGUCACCAUUCGGAGCGUGCAGUGCUACUUGUGAUGGAGGUGAACAAGUGCGUACCCGUACCUGCACCAACCCAGCACCUGUCGAUGGCGGAGCGGACUGCGACGGAGAUGAUGAAGAUUUCCAGGAGUGCGGGACAGAGGCUUGCUUGAACCCAGUCGAUGGCGAGUGGUCCCAAUGGUCGCCGUUCGGUGCAUGCAGUGCCAGCUGCGAUGGCGGUAUCAAGCUCCGCACACGCACUUGCACUGAGCCAGAGCCACAGGACGGUGGAGACGACUGUGAGGGUGAUGACGAGGACAGCAAGGAGUGCAACGAAAACAUACCCUGCAAAGGACAAUGGCAGAGCUGGGGCUCCUGGUCAUCGUGCAGGCCCCUAGACCAGCGCCUUGGCUGCGGCCUGGGCAAGAGACUCAGGACUCGGUCGUGCAGCAGCUCUGCUAACAACUGCGGUCCGCCAGGCGAUGGACAGCAGAAGAAGAAGUGCUUUGCAGGAAAGUGCAAGAAGGGCCCAUAUCACCACAAAACAGGCAGCAUCAUGCGCUGCCUUGCCGUGUCGAAAGCAGCUCUGCUGCUUCUGCUGGCGUUGGCUGUGAGCAGGACAACCGCGGAGCCUAUCCCGUCCAAAGCGAUUCUCGCAGCUCGCUCAGCAGCCGCCGAUGAACAGGAAACAGUUCUCCAGGCCAGUGAAGCUAACAAUCGUGAAGAAGCGGCUGAAAUCGAAAAUGACAACGAUGCGUAUGACGUUGAUGAGCUGGGACUUGAAGGCCUGACUGUCGACACCCUCGACGCUGAUGAUCUUCAAGACACUCAACGUGACACUGUUGAUGAAGAUGGAGACAGCGUUGAUGAGGAUGACACAGGCGAGGAUGAUGCCAAUGAUGACUUUGCGGAGGAUGAUGCUGAGGAAGAUGAUGUCAGUGAUCACAUCAGCGAGGAUGAUGUUAGCAAUGACAUCAUGGAUGAUGUAAACGCAGACAAUGCCAGUGAUGACUUCGUCGAUGAUGACAUCAACGAAGAUGAUGCCGCGGAUUAUGCCCCAGAUAAUGCUGACAUUGAGGAGGAUGGGGACAGCGAUGCAGUCAUGGAAGGUAAUGCUGAUGAUGUCAGCAAUGAUGACGCUGAUGAAGAGGAGGAUGCCUUGAGUGUCGCUCAUGACGUCGACUAUGACAAUGAUGCCAGUGACAGUGACAGUGAAAGUGCUGAAGAUAGUGAUGAUGGUGAAGAUGAUGGUGAUUAUGCUGAGGAUGAAGGAGAGGACAUGAUUGAGAGUGAUGAGGAACAGCAAUAUGGUGAUGCUGAUCAAGUUGAUGACGACGAUGACGAUGAUGAUGAUGACAGUAAGGAUGAGGAGAGCAACGAUGAUGCAUUUGAUGAUGACGGUGUCGCUGAAGACGACACUGAUGUUAGUGCCUUGGAAGUGCAGGGCAUCCAGGGUGAUGCAUUGACAGGUGAGGAUGCCGAGGAGGCAGACAUGCAAGAUGAUGACAACGAUGAUGACGACAACGACGACAGCGUGAGUGAGGAUGAAGCAGAGGAGGACGUGCAACAGUUUGACGAGGGCAACGACGAAGGCCUGGAGGUUGAAGAUGAUGAAGAUUAUGACAGUGUUGAUGAGGAUGAGGAUGAUGAAGAAGAUAGUGAAGACGGUGCUCUGCAAAUUGACUAUGAUGACUCCUCUGAAGAAGUCAGCCGUGAGAAGAGGUCUGCCAAACGAGGUGGAGGACGUCCAUCCCGCGGUGUCUUGAGCCGAUCGUCUCGAGGACAUACAUCCCGCGGCCGAUCAUCUCGAGGACAUACAUCCCGUGGCCGAUCGUCUCGAGGACAUACAUCCCGUGGCCGACCGUCUCGAGGGCACACAUCCCGUGGUGGUCGUGCUCGCCCAAGAGCCAGACCGAAACCACGCCCAAGAGCCAGACCGAGACCUCGCAUAAGGGCCAGACCAAAACCAAGGGUUCCCCGGCCGAGACCUCGCCCAACACCCCGACGGAGACCCCGCCCAACACCCCGACGGAGACCCCGCCCAACACCCCGACGGAGACCCCGCCCAACACCCCGACGGAGACCCCGCCCAACACCCCGACGGAGACCUCGCCCAACACCCCGACGGAGACCUCGCCCAACACCCCGACGGAGACCUCGCCCAACACCCCGACGGAGACCUCGCCCAACACCCCGACCGAGGGUUCCCCGUCCGAGACCCCGCCCAAGACCCCGCCCGAGGGUUCCCCGGCUGAGACCCCGCCCAAGACCCCGACCGAGGGUUCCCCGCCCAAGACCCCGCCCGAUACCUCGUCCAAGACCCCGCCCAAGACCUCGCCCAAGGCCACGCCCGGUACCGCGUCCAAGGCCGCAACCUCGACCAGUGAACGGUCAGUGGUCAGCUUGGUCACCAUUCGGUGCAUGCAGUGCCACUUGUGAUGGAGGUGAACAAGUACGUACUCGUACCUGUACUAACCCAGCACCGGCCAACGGAGGAGCCAAUUGUGUGGGAGUCAAUGAAGAUGUCCGGGAGUGCAAUGUCCAGCCCUGCCUAUUCCCUGUGAACGGCCAGUGGUCGGCUUGGUCACCAUUCGGUGCAUGCAGUGCCACUUGUGAUGGAGGUGAACAAGUACGUACUCGUACCUGCACUAACCCAGCACCUGUCGAUGGAGGAGCGGACUGCCAAGGCUUUGCUGAAGACGUUCGAGAGUGCAACUUCCAAUCCUGUUUGAACCCAGUUAAUGGCCAAUGGUCAGCUUGGUCACCAUUCGGUGCAUGCAGUGCCACUUGUGAUGGAGGUGAGCAAACACGUACUCGUACCUGCACCAACCCACCACCAGUUGAUGGAGGAGAGGACUGCCAGGGCUUCGCUGAGGACUUCCAGGAAUGCAAUCUGCAGUCCUGCUUAAAUCCAGUUAACGGUCAGUGGUCGGCUUGGUCACCAUUCGGUGCAUGCAGUGCCACUUGUGAUGGAGGUGAGCAAGUACGUACCCGUACCUGCACAAACCCAGCACCUGUCGACGGAGGAGAGGACUGCCAGGGCUUCGCUGAAGAUUUCCGGGAGUGUGGAACUCAGGGAUGCUUGAACCCAGUCGACGGUCAAUGGUCGGAGUGGUCACCAUUCGGUGCAUGCAGUGCCACUUGUGAUGGAGGUGAUCAAGUGCGCACUCGUACCUGCACCAACCCAGCACCUGUCGAUGGUGGAGCGGACUGCCAGGGUUUUGCUGAAGACACGAGAAGCUGUGCAACCCAACGAUGCCUUAACCCAGUGGAUGGCAACUGGUCACCGUGGUCAUCGUUUGGAGGAUGCAGCGCUACAUGCGGUGGAGGUCAGCAAGUGCGCGGCCGUACCUGCACGGACCCUGCACCGUUCGACGGUGGAGCUGUUUGCGUAGGCCAAGCCGAGGAUGUCAGGGACUGUGCUACUCAAAGAUGCCUAAACCCAGUGGAUGGUAACUGGUCACCAUGGUCAUCGUUUGGAGGAUGCAGCGCUACUUGCGGUGGGGGUCAACAAGUCCGCACCCGUACCUGCACUGACCCUGCACCGUUCGACGGUGGAGCUGUUUGCGUAGGCCAAGCCGAAGAUGUCAGAGACUGUGCUACUCAAAGAUGCCUAAAUCCAGUGGAUGGUAACUGGUCGCCAUGGUCACCAUUCGGUGCGUGCAGCGCUACAUGCGGUGGCGGGUCGCAGGUGCGGUCGCGUACUUGCAGCAACCCUGCACCGGCUGAUGGUGGAGCGGACUGUCGGGGAGAUGAUGUUGAUUAUCGUGCGUGUGGAGAAAAUGGCUGUCCAGUGAACGGCGAAUGGUCACAAUGGUCUGAGUUCAGCACAUGCAGCGUGUCAUGCGAUGGAGGUGAGAGGAAGCGCAGUCGCACGUGUACUGAGCCAGCGCCCAUGAAUGGUGGUCGUCAGUGUAUUGGUGAUGCCGUGGAGAGGAUGGAGUGCAACACUGACGUGCCGUGCAAAGGUGAAUGGCAGAGCUGGGGAGCAUGGACAACAUGCAAGUUGGAGCAGCCGCUAGACCUGGGAUGCAGCGGCGUGCGCAGCCGUACGCGCGUCUGCAGCGUCACGCCCAACAACUGCGGUCCCGACGCGGACGCGGCCCAGAGCGAGAAGUGCAUCAAGGCCAAGUGCAGGCAGCUGUACGGUCGCGACCUACCACCACCACCGCCUGGCGAUGACCACCCCUACGACCACCGGGAUGUGGAUGAUGAGGACGGUGCUGGAUAUGAAGACCAAUAUUAACAUGACAAUCUGGCACAGCAAGUGAAUCAACAACCGGGCCGUGGGUCACAGGGUAUUAGUUAACUUGCUGCUGGAUAUCAUGAGAGAUUUACAAUAAUGCUAUUCACAUGCACAUUACCCAUGAAAUGAGCCAUUGUUUCAAAUUAUAAAUUUAUCUAUUCUAAGCGGAAGCAUAUAUUGCACUUUACACUGGGAUGCCCGACUCCACUCAGCAACUUAUUCUCCUACAUGCAACUCAGGGCCCAGCGCGGGCCCAGCUGGUUUGUGCGACAGCCCUGCCUGCCCACCUUGCUGCUCUGCCCGUUUACUUCCAGUCUCAAUCACUCUUACUUCAGUUAGACUUCAUGGUGCACACUGGUGACUUGCCAGUAUGUGACGAGUACACACUGUAGCAAUUCAAUAGCCCGUAUAGACAGGCUUCCUGGCCUGGACCGAAGGAACUCUUUUCUUGUAAUCAUGCAACAUUUGAGCAGCACACCUCUGUUAUUAUUUUAAAAAAAGUAUCACAUACACAGACUUCAAAAUGUUAUUCCGGCGUCACAUGAAAAUAUAGACCAAGCUCAA